CCCUCCCUAGUUUUCUCACUCCCAAUUCUCUUUUGCUGUCCUUCAUCUUGAAAACCUCUGCAUUUCAUCUCAUCUCAUCUCCUUGGGCAAAAAACAGAGCCAUGGCAGAUGUACUUCUCUCCUCUCUCUUACAGACAAUCUUCACAACCUUGACCUCCUCAGUCCUGCAGCAGUUCGGAAUAGCUUGGGGCCUCGAAACUGAGCUGAAGAAUCUGGAGAGUACAUUGAGUACAAUCCAGGCAGUGCUUGUUGAUGCAGAGGCCAAGCAAUGGACGAGCGAGGCCAUCAAGAAUUGGCUCCGAAAGCUCAAGGAUUCAGCUUACGAUGCCGACAACGUGUUGGACGAAUUCGCCACCCAAGCCCUCAAACGAAAACUGGAUUCUCAGAGAGGGGCAGCACACCGAGUAAGUGCCUUUUUCUCUCUUCGAAAUCGGCUUAUAUUUCGAUUGAAAAUGGGGAAUAAGAUUAAGGAUGUGGAGGAGAGGUUAGAUAAAAUUGCAAGGGAGAGAAGUUUUCAACUGACGGAGGGUUUGAUGGUGCCCGAAUCUCGUGCGGUGGAGGGAAGGCAGACUAGUUCCUUCGUGAAUGAAUCCGGAAUUCUUGGAAGGAAUGACGAGAAAGAAAUGAUAAUUGAAAUGUUGCUCGACGACUUGAGCGACCGCAACGGUGUUUCGGUGUUUGCUGUAUGCGGCAUGGGGGGCCUCGGCAAGACUACACUCGCUGGAUUGGUGUACAAUGAUAAGAGGGUGGAGGGGCACUUCGAUUUAAGACUUUGGGUUUGCGUGUCUGAUGAUUUCGACAUAAAGAGACUAACAGGAGCGAUUGUAGAGUCCAUAGAAGGAGGCGCAUGCAAUAUCACAAACUUGGAUCCACUCCAGCGCCGCCUCCAAGAAAAAUUGAGUGGCAGGAGAUAUUUGCUUGUCUUGGACGACGUGUGGAAUGAGUACCACGAGAAGUGGGAUAGACUAAAAGACGUACUUAGGUGUGGAGCUAAAGGCAGUAAGGUUGUAGUAACAAGAAGGAGUCAGAAAGUUGCUCAUAUUAUGGCUACGCUUCCUAUACACCAUAUGCUUGGUCUAUCGGAGGAUGAUUCUUGGUCCUUAUUUGAGCAACGAGCUUUUGACAGUCGAAGGAUGGAGGAAAACCAUGAUCUGUUUAAGAUUGGGAAGGCGAUAGUCAAAAAAUGCGGAGGGUUGCCCUUAGCGAUAAAAGCACUAGGAAGCCUCUUGCAGUUUAAAAGCAGUGAAAGUGAGUGGUUAUCUGUGAGGGACAGUAAGUUUUGGGAUCUACCAGCUGAUGGAAGUACUAUCUUGCCUGCCUUACGGUUGAGCUAUGACAAUUUAGCUCCACACUUGAUGAUGUAGGACAAAAAUGGAGAGUUUUUGUAUUUUAUUUUUAUUGUUUUAGAAUAAUAUUUUGAUUAGGAAUAUUUCCGUUUAAGUUAGAAUUAUUAACUUUCCGUAUUCAGUUUGAUUUUGAUUUUUGCCUUUAUUAGAAUUCUUGGUCUACAAGAAUUAAGAUUUUAUUUUAAUUAAUUAGGAAAUAUGUUUUAUUUAAUGCCGCUUGUUUUGGCAUGAUUUAUUAUUUCUUUUACAGUAGGAUUUAUAGGGUUAGUGUCUUAUAAAAAGGGCUGUAACCUAUUCAAUUAUAAGACUUUUAAACUUUUGAUCAA